AUGUCUCUUCAAAACAUUCGCAAUUUCUCCUCUAGCACUGGUCGGAAACUCCUUAUCCUUCUUGGUAAAGUGACUUUAGAGGAUGUCCGAUCUACCAACGGGCCCAAGGGUGACCAAUGGGUCUCAUCAGUGACAAAGAUAAGAGACGAUGUGGAGACUCAGGCAAGUGCAACGAAUAUUUCUUACGUUCAUUUGGCUGACCGUCAACAGUAUACCACCGCCGCUGGAUACGAGAUACAGGGAGCUAAGGCUCAUAAGUCCUCCAAAGAUCCUUCGGACCCCGACGACGUCCUCACUAUCGCGUUCUACAGCCAAAAUGGAACUCGGCUUCUCAGCGGCCAUAUUCAUGAGAAUGGGACCUACAAGCUUGCCGAGAGCCGCGCAGGGAAAGGGAAGGGAAGCAAGCAGAAGUGA